CACUUCUUCAGUUUUCGCAAUUUUCUUUAACAUAAACCCUAAAUAAAACAUUCUGAAAUUGAAAGUUGUAGUUGAAGAAGAAGAAGAUAGAAAUCAUAUCAAUCCUAUCAGAUAAAUUUUUAUCCCCAAUUUCACCUGUUAUCGUCUUCAUUGAGGUUUAUCUAUUUUGAGUAGAUUAUUAAAUCUUGAUUACUUUUGGAAUGGAAGUGGUAGGGAUGGAUGAAGAGAAUGUACUGCGAAAGAGCGAAAAGAAGAAGAAACAAGGACAUAGAGGCUUUAAGUGCCUCAGAAGUACCUACAGAGGAGAAGAAGAAGAAGCACAAGAGAAACAAGGAAAUAGAGGCUUUGAGCUCUUCAGAAGUACCUACAGAGGAGAAGAAUAAGAAGAAGAAGCACAGGAAAAGUGAGGAAAAAGAGUCUUUAAGUACCCCAGAAGUACCUACAGAGAAGAAAAAGAAGAAGAAGCACGAGAGAAACAAGGAGAUAGAGGCUUUAAGUACCUCAGAAGUACCCACAGAUGUGGGAGGUGAGAAGGGGUCUGAGGAGAAAGAAGGUGGGUCUGAUAGUGGGAGAGAAGAAAGUGGUAAACGCAAAAAGAAGAAACACAAGGAAAGGGUUAAGGAGUGCAAUGAUGUAGAAUCUGCAACUGAUGAAGCGGCUUCUGAAGGGAAGGAUCACAUUGAUGUGAGCGGUGAGGAAAAUAAUGAGCAUGUGAAGAAGGGGAAGGGUAAAAAAAAUAAAAGAAAGAAUGAAAAUGGAGGUGAUUAUGGAGAAAGCUGCAUUGAGAAGUCUGACGGUGAGGCUGAAUCUGGUUCUCGUUCUUCUAAGAAGAGAAACAGAGAAGAGGAAGGGCUAGAUGUAGAUUUAGAAGAGGGGAAGAAGAAGAAGAAGAAGAAAAAGAAAGGGACCAAAUCGGAUGCAAAUAUUGGAGAUGUUGAAACACAAAACAAUCUCGGAAGCACAAAUGAGCAUUUGAGGAACUCGGGUACCAAAAAAUCAUCCAAAAGAGUAAAAUUUUCUAAUCAUGUAGAAGUCUUCCCUGCAGCUGAUGACCAAGAUGAUCAGGAGGAAGACGCAGGAACUGAGUUGGUUCAAUGUAAGCGGUUUACGAGGGAAGAAGAUCAAAUAAUCAAAGAUGCUGUUCACAGGUAUAUGGAGAUACAUGAAUUGGGUGAGGACGGCUUGGAUAUGAUUCUGCACUCCGAGAAACAUCCAAAUAUAAGAGGAUGUUGGAAGGAAAUAGGGGCUGCCUUACCGUAUAGGCAUGUGAACGCAGUAUGUCAGAGAGCACAUACUUUGUUUACGAGGGAGGACCAAGAUGAUGUGGAGGAAAACCCAGGAAUGGAGCUGGUUCGAGGUAAGAGGUUCACAAAGGAAGAAGAUCAGAUACUCAGAGAUGCCGUUCAUAAGUAUAUAAAGAUACAUGAAUUGGGUGAGGACGGCGUGGAUAUGGUUCUGCACUCGGGGAAACAUCGAAAUGUAAGAGGAUGUUGGAAGGAAAUAGGCGCUUCCAUACCGUAUAGGCCUACCGAAGCAGUAUGUCAGAGAGCACAUACUUUGUUUACGAGGGAUGAAUCACGGAAGUGGACUGAGGAUGAAAAAGCGUUUGUCUUAAAGUAUCAUGAAAAGCAUGGACCAGACUGGAAAACGAUGGCCGAAGUCCUUGGAAAGAAUCGAUAUCAUGUUAAGGAUAUAUGGCGUCGGAUAUAUCGUACGGGUCUUAGAAAGGGUAAGUGGACUCAAGAGGAGUAUCAGUCCUUGUUUAAUUUAGUAAACAUGGAUUUGCGAAUGCAUGUGUGCGAGGAAAAGAAAUUAAAGCAUGGCAUGAUACGUGACAAUAUCGGUUGGCAAGCAAUUAGUAAGAGUUUAGCUACCCGGACAGAUAUGGAUUGCUGUACCAAAUGGUAUAAACAAUUAUCAUCAUCCAUGGUGAAAGAAGAAAAAUGGGCCGACGUAGACGAUUAUUGGUUGCUGGAUGAACUUCUUAGGCUGGAUGCUUGCUGUGUUGAAGACGUUGACUGGGAUAAUCUUCUGGAGCAUAGGCCUGGAGAUAUAACUCUUAAACGUUGGAGACAGAUGGUAAAUCACAUUGGUAUACAUGGACUGCUUUCCUUCGCAGAACAAGUAGAAGUGCUCGCCAAGCGCUAUUGUCCUGAGCUACUUGAAGUCAGAGAAGCUCUUGACAGCAGACCUGUGGUUGAUUGAGGUGUGGAUGUAGGAGGUGCCGGCUCAACAGAGAAGAUGGCAGAAAGUCCAGCCCAGAACAAAAGGACUACUCUCUACAGACUAAAUUGGUGCUUAAAAACAUUUAUUUGAUUCUCAUAGUUCCAUAUGUCUGAAGUAGUUUUUAUGUACUUGGUGAGGCAAUUAAAUGUUACAUAGUUGAAACCACUGUGGUCUGACACUGAAAAACUGUCAAUAGACAAAAUUCAUCAACACCUGUAUUUCAGGUUACUUGUGAAUUAACCUUUUAUGAA